AUGUGGUUGUUGUUUUAUGUUGGCCGACGAGGUGACGUAAAUCAAUCGAUCUCGACCGGGAAGAAUUGCGAUAAAUUUGGAAUUGUAGUUCACGUAUUAAAUCACGUGAUCGGUUUCUUAAAGGAGCACACUGGGAUCGGAUCGGGACCUAAGUGUAGAUAUCUUCUAUGGAAGUAUACAAACGGGCUUCCGGCAAGAAAUCGGACAACGAGUCGAGCUGGGGGAGUGUGGAUAUUCGACAAGCAAAUCACAAAGGCCGGAUGUUCGAAG